AUCCGUCAUUUAGUCAUUUCGUCAUUUACGUUACUUAAUUUUUAGAAGAGACUGUAGAAAUACAGGGUGUCCCAAAAAUGUUGUAACACCUUGAAAGGGGUGGUUCGGGAGGUGAUUUGAAACAACUUUUUCCUUAACAAAAAUGUUGUCCGAGGCUUCGUUGAGGAGAUAUUAACGGAAAACACUGACCAUUCACAGCGCGCGUAUACCGUUGGAGCGGGUGUGGUAGCGAAGGCUACGAGCUAAGGGGUCGCGUCCAAUCUCCUUUGAUGUACGUCGCGUCGAGUCGCUUGUCGCGUACAAGCGCAACCGCUUAGUACAUAGCCUUCGCUACCGCGGCCGCUCCAACGGUAUCCGCGCGCUCUGAUUGGUCAGUGUUUUCAAUAAGGCAUUUUCGCUAAGAAAAAAGUUCCUGACAUAACACUUCUUUCAAGGUGUUACAACAUUUUUGGGACACCUUGUAUUUACUAGUUGCUAAAGAAUAGCAACGACCAAUCAGAAUCAAACAAUGUUAUUUCGUGAGUCUUAUUGGAGAGUCUCUAAAUCCACUAAACGUGAAGCGACUCUAGUUUUCAGUGAACUACUCAGCCUCUGGUGGUAUUGCGCAGUACUGCACCUCACUGCACCUCACUGCACCUCACGCGAGGAGCGGUCGUGAUUGUUUUUUUUUUUUUAGUAUAUGGUGUCGUAAAAGCGAUGUUUCUUAUAGAUACACGGUGUUUUGUUCCAUAGGCAAGAUUUAAGAAUGAUUAAGUUGGUUCGACCGCGCCUGGUAACGUUCGAUGUCACUGGUACGUUGCUCAUGACAAAACUGGAAGAGCAUUACGUCGCAAUCGGAACGCAGCAUGGGCUGUCAGUCGAUCCUCGCAAAGUGGCGCGAAGCUUUAAACAUAGCUUUCGUAGGCUUAGCAAAGAGCAUCCUGUGUAUGGGAAACACACAGGCAUCGGAUGGGAAAAUUGGUGGCGGCAGAUUGUUCACAAUGUUUUCAAAGAUCAACAUAGUUAUCUUCCGGAAGCUACUUUGGAUAAGGUUGCUAACAGUUUGAUAAAGUGCUAUGGCACGAAUAUGUGCUGGCACAAGUAUCCUGGCACGAUCGAGUUACUGGAAUAUCUGCAGAAAAAGGGAGUGAUCUUAGGGGUGAUAUCGAAUUUCGAUGAGAGAUUGGAAGCGAUACUUUUGGACACCAACAUACGAUUUUACUUUUCAUUCGUUUUAACGUCCUACGAUUUCGGUGUAGAGAAACCUGACACUUCGAUAUUCGAAGAAGCCCUCAGGUUAACAAAGGAACGGCACAGUAUCGAUAUCAGUCCCCAGGAGGCGAUACAUAUAGGCGACUCCAUCAGGUACGAUUAUAUUGGGGCGAAAGCCGCCAAUUGGAAUGGCAUUCUCAUUAAUCGCGAUGGCGACGCCAUAGAUGACCAAAACGUUUCUAAGAACGACGUUUUCGUAAAUCUUCAAGAUUUACGUGCACAUUUCUCAUCGUUUCUCGACAGGGAAACGAAAAGUAUCUAAUUUGUUAAUAUAAUUCUACGAAUUACAAUUUCUCGCAGUUUUAACGAAAAGAUGUAUUUUUCUCCAAAACGGAUAUGACGUAGAUCGACGAUUUAUUGGGUUGUCCGGAAAGUCCAUGUCGAUUUUUGGUAGAUGGUACAGGUCUGAAUAUAUCGAAGUGGUUGAAAACAAAUAACAUGCAUACAUCCCUUAAAAGGUGGAAGGGUUGUGGAACAAAAUGGCACCUAUGUAAUUCAAUAAAUAUAUAUUACAAUUCAAACGUGUUUUUGAAUGUUUCUUAGAAAUUGGCACGAACUUUCUGGACAACCUAAGAAUUGU